ACCAUAUUAAUUCAACGGUGUAGUGCGCACAGUGUAACAAAACACAUACUGUGUUUAUCGACAAGCAUGGUUGGUUAAGGUUUAGUUUUCAUAGCAGUCCUUUGUGGCGCUGUAACAUACAUAGAUCCCUAAUGAUUCAGUGGCUUGAAAAAUAUGAACUGGCUUCUUCAAUUAGCAGGUUGGACCAAUCAAUAUGGAGGUGUAGAGGAUGCUGCCAUGUAGACAAUACUGUUCACGCCUUCACGGCAAUUGUUGACGCCCCUAUGUAGUAAAAUGGGAUAGGUAAGAUGUUCGGUCAUGUGUUACUUGGAAUAGUAUAACACGAUUAUCAUUAGAGAUAAGGUGUUUCUUAUUGACCGAUACUUCGUUAGAAAUAUAAAAGGGAUCAACACCUCCAGCUUAAUCGACCAUCGAACCAAGGUCACCGUGAUUGACAGUCGAACUUAAGAUGACAUUGAAAGUUGGUUAUAAAUCGAAGCAUGAUAAUCAAGAUGCCAGACGAAAGCUUUACCAAUGAUGCGAUGAUGGUGUGGAAUUCUGCAAAACGGUCCUGUUUCAGCACUAUCAAGGUGUUGGUAAUAUUAACUGGAGGGUGUUUUUUGUUACUGCUCAAGUCAACAAUUGAACAACCAGACCAUGUAAAUAGGAUUAUUGGUACCAUAUCAAUCUUCAGACGAAUAACGCACAGUAUUACCAGCUAUAAAUUCAAUGAGCGGAAGAUACGGUGCCCUGGAUGCGAGCCACCAUGUUUAGCAACCAUUAUAAACCCUUGUGGAAACAUAACUCUAACGGCCUCAACAUUGUCCAGGAAGAGACUUGAGAUACACUGCGACGAGAAUUACACAUGGACAGAACAUUCUACAGUUCGUUCUAACGUCAAUCCGUUCACAAUGAACAGUGAUGAUCAAUGUCUCGAAAGGUUUAUUCAAGAAAAUUGUUAUGACAACAGGAUUGUGCCUAACGUAAUCCAUUAUGUCUGGUUCAAUAAACAUGUAAUGGAUGUGUAUUCAUUCCUAAGUGUUAUAAGUACUUACAAGAGAAUAAAACCAUGUUUAAUAAUUAUUCAUGCUGACGUUAUGCCCUAUGGUCCAUAUUGGGUAUAUUUAUUAACACUUGUGCCAAAUCUAAUCCACAUUUACAAACCGGCGCCAAUCAGUAUUUUUGGUAAAAAGUUAGGUUACGUUCAACAUAAAGCCGACAUUGCUCGUUUGGAGAUAUUGAAGGCCCACGGUGGCAUCUACUUCGACUUUGACCAAAUAGCUCUAAAGAAUUUCGACCAAUUUCGGCAAUAUGACUUUGUGAUGGCCCACGAAAAUAUACAUAAUCUCGGAAAUGCUGUGAUAGUGUCUAAAAAGAAUGCCCCCUUCAUUGACCUGUGGUACAAUAAUUAUCAUACAUACAAUCCUACAGAAUGGGGAAUCCAUUCGACUUUUGUGCCAUUUAGAAUAGCCAAAAAACAUAAAGAUUUAAUACAUAUAGAAAAAGAAGCCUUCUUCAAACCGGACUUAGGGACUAUUCUAAAACUAUAUACUGGGAAUAUAGAUUUAAGUAAAAAUCAUGCUAUACAUUUAUAUGUAAGAUGGAUUAAAAAAUACUACACUUUGGGCCAGUUGCAAAAAAUGAACACCACUCUAGGAGAGUUGGCUAGAUAUGUCCUUUAUGACUCCAAGAACCUAUGCUCAUGAUCAAGCCUCCUGCUUCUUCGACAAGUUAUACAUAGUGGGGAAAAUAAAUAAUUCCUUUACGGGUGCCAACGACAAAACUGUGCUGUGCAUGUAACGAUUCAGAAGGCGGUGGACCGUUUGUAUAAUUGAUGUGGAAAGGGUAAUCCAAAUGGAAUGUGGAAUACAUGUCAUGCUAAAGCUACGGGUUUAGCUUUUUCCCGAAAAACACAUAUUCUUGGUGGAACCGCAAAGAAUAUGCAGGCACAAUGUAACGAGAGUGAAUUUAUAACGACGAAAAAAAGGUAUUGCACCAAUAGGUGCUAUGAAAAUAGUCGAAGUAUAAUACACAAUCUGGACAAACUGAUUGAAAAAAAUGCCAUUAAUUGUUUAAUAAAUUAUUAGUUUCUA